CUUUAAUCGCAAACCACAAAAACUCUCCACCUUUUCCUCUUUUCCCAUCACAAUCUUUUUUUUCUUUUUCUUCUUCAAGAACCAAUUCCUCCUUUCUUUCUCCAGGUUCAAGAGGCAUAUCGUCUCCCUGUUGAAAUUACUCCUCCCAUUUUUAUAGGAGUUGAAUUUGGUCUAGGUCGUGUCUUAUAUCUGAACCCCUCAUAAGUUAUCCUCAGGACCGCAGUUGUCAACAUGUUGGCCACUCGACAGGUCCUGGGCAACGUUGCCCGAUCGCGGGUCAUGUCCAACAUGAACCUGCGCAGGUGCAUGGCCUCCGUUUCCGACUCGGUUCUCGACAAGAAGGUCAGGCAAAACAACUGGGAAGAAGGCAACUUUAUCAACUACAAGAAGAUGGCAGAGAACCUGGCGAUCGUUCGCAGCCGCUUAAAUCGCCCCUUGACGUACGGCGAGAAGGUUUUAUACUCCCAUCUUGACGACCCGCAUAACCAGGACAUCGAGCGAGGUGUGUCGUACCUUAAGCUACGGCCCGAUCGAGUCGCAUGCCAGGAUGCCACUGCCCAGAUGGCUAUCCUCCAGUUCAUGUCUGCCGGCAUGUCUUCCGUGGCUAACCCCACGACCGUACACUGUGAUCACCUGAUCGAGGCCCAGGUUGGCGGAGAGAAGGAUCUGGAGCGAGCUGUCAGCAUUAACAAGGAAGUCUACGACUUCCUUUCCUCGGCAUGUGCCAAGUACAACAUCGGUUUCUGGAGACCCGGUUCCGGUAUCAUCCACCAAAUCAUCCUCGAGAACUACGCCUUCCCCGGUGGUCUGCUGAUCGGCACCGACUCCCACACACCCAAUGCCGGCGGUCUAGGUAUGGCUGCCAUUGGUGUAGGCGGUGCUGAUGCUGUUGACGUCAUGGCAAAUCUGCCUUGGGAGCUGAAGGCACCCAAAUACAUCGGGAUUAAGCUUACAGGAGAGCUAAAGGGCUGGACUAGCCCUAAAGACAUCAUCCUUGCCGUCGCUGGAAAACUGACAGUUAAAGGCGGAACUGGCUUUAUUGUCGAAUACCACGGACCUGGUCUUAACAGCGUUAGCAGUACAGGCCUAGGAAGUGUGGCUAACAUGGGAGCUGAAAUUGGUGCCACAACUUCUGUUUUCCCGUUCACCGACCGCAUGUACGACUACCUGAAGGCCACUAAGCGAACUGAGAUUGGUGAUUUCGCCCGCUCUUAUGCUAAGGAACUACGUGAGGAUGAGGGUGCCGAAUACGACCAAUUCCUGGAGAUCAACCUCUCCGAACUCGAGCCUCAUAUCAAUGGUCCCUUCACACCCGAUCUAGCAACCCCGAUCUCUAAGUUUUCAGAGGCCGUCAAGGCUAAUGGCUGGCCUGAGGAGCUUAAGGUUGGCCUGAUUGGAUCUUGCACCAAUUCAUCCUACGAGGACAUGUCCCGAGCUGCCUCCAUCGCUCAGGAUGCUCUGAACCAUGGCUUGAAGGCUAAGUCGGCCUUCUUUGUUACUCCUGGUUCCGAACAGAUCAGAGCAACGAUUGCCAGGGACGGACAGCUUAAGACGUUUGAAGAAUUUGGUGGCAUGGUGUUGGCCAACGCUUGCGGUCCCUGCAUUGGUCAAUGGGAUCGACGGGACGUCAAGAAGGGAGAGGCCAACUCGAUUCUGUCCUCGUACAACCGUAACUUCACCGGCCGAAACGACGGCAACCCCGCCACUCACUCCUUCGUUACCUCCCCCGAUCUGGUCGUUGCCCUGUCGAUUGCUGGCAACCUGCACUUCAACCCGCUAACCGACAAGUUGAAGGACAAGGACGGCAACGAGUUCUUACUGGCUCCUCCCACCGGCGACGGUCUCCCUGCAAAAGGAUACGACCCCGGAAACAACACUUACCAAGCCCCCCCUGCUGACCGCUCCUCGGUUAACGUCCAAGUCUCUCCUACCUCGGACCGUCUCCAGGUUCUCAAACCCUUCCAGCCUUGGGAUGGAAAAGAUGCUCUUAAUAUGCCCAUCUUGAUUAAGGCCAAGGGAAAGACUACCACUGAUCACAUCUCUAUGGCUGGCCCCUGGCUUAAGUACCGUGGACAUCUAGACAAUAUCUCCAACAACAUGUUGAUCGGCGCUAUUAACGAGGCCAAUAGCGAAGCAAACAAGAUCAAGAAUGUGACCACAGGCGAGUGGGAUGCUGUCCCAGCUGUGGCCCGUGACUACAAAGCCAAGGGAAUUAAGUGGGUUGUCAUUGGUGACUGGAACUAUGGUGAGGGAAGCUCUCGAGAACACGCCGCUCUUGAGCCUCGCCACCUUGGUGGCCUUGCCAUCAUCACCCGAAGCUUCGCCCGUAUUCACGAGACCAACUUGAAGAAGCAGGGCAUGCUUCCCCUCACAUUUGCGGAUCCCGCUGACUACGACAGGAUCAAGCCUGAUGACAAGGUCGAUCUCCUCUGCACCGAGCUUGCUGUUGGCAAGCCUGUGACGAUGCGGGUGCACCCUAAGGACGGGGAGCCGUUCGAUGUUAAGCUGAACCAUACAUUCAACGAGGCCCAGAUCGAGUGGUUCAAGAAUGGAAGCGCGCUCAACACAAUGGCCAAGAAGGCCGAGCAAGCGAAAUAAGAAGUCUAACGGAUAAUGCAGCGAACAAAAUCAAUAAUAUCGGAGAAAUCCACGCGGGCGCAUUGUGGGGAGGCCUGCUAGAAUUACAGCACUCGGGGUGUAUAGGAACUUGGGUUGGUUUUACGGAUGUCAUGUUAUAUCAUUUCUAACCCGUCAUGAUGUUUAUCCAGCCGAUUCUAGAAUUUUUAUAGCUUGUACAAAACGAACCUUGAUGAAAGAAUUUCUAAAUUUUAUGCCUCGACUUUCUUCUGUGAAUCUUUCAAAUAUCAGGUAUGUUAGGUUUACUAGGUAGGUAGGUUUCUACCUAUAGUGUUUCUCAUAAUGCAUUGUCGAUCUAGGUGCUUUAUUGCGGUUCCCUCAUUACCUCUCGUGUCAUGUUGUUGACCUAAGCCUUUUGGCUUGGACUGAUG